ACCCUGCAGUAGCUUACGUGUUACUGUUCAUUAUUUGCAUGUUAGGGAAGCUUAUUCAUUCAUUUGAAGUAUAACUCAGUAGAAGCUCAAGGUGUAUAAACGUGAAGAUAGCGUCGUCAAAGUGUCCCCAGUCAAAAUGGCAGAGCUAACAACACUCGAGAGUCUGCUGGAGAUGGGGUUUGAUCGAAACAGAGCAGAGAAGGCAGUGGCCAACACAGGGAACCAGGGAAUUGAGCAAGCCAUGGAUUGGCUAAUGGAACACGAAAAUGACCCAGACAUCGAUGAGCCCUAUGUGCCGCCAGCGGGCAACAUCCUGGGAGGAGAAGCACAGAGCCAGCCCAGCACAGCAGACAGCUCUGAAGGUCAGGAGGGGCAGGAAAGUUUUGAAGGAAUAGCAGGUGGAGACAUCGGCUACAUUGAGACAGAGGAUGGCGUCAAACGGCCAAUGACAGAAGAGGAGAAAAAUGAGCAAGUCAAGAGGCUCGAGGAGCUGAUGCGGGUGAAGCAGGCGGAGAGAAGAGAGCGAGAGCGGGCAGAAGAGGUGGAGAGGGAGAAGCAGCGGAGGAAGCAGGGCCAGGAGCUGCAGCAGAUGCGCCAAAAACUGCAGGACGAUGAAAUGAAAAAAAUCGCUGAGCAGCGUCAGAGGGAGAAGAUGGAGGACAAAAUGGCAAGGCAAAGGGUUAAAGAGAAGAUAGCAAGAGACAGAGAAGAAAGAGCACAAAAGUUUGGAGGUAUUGCACCCUCGAGCACCGCUGCGUCAUCCCAGCCUGGCCAGCCCAGUCCGUCUUCACCCACCAGUCAGGGCCCUCCACCCACUAAAAAGGAGUAUGAUGAAUCCAGGAUACAGGUCCGUCUGCUGGACGGCUCGACCAUCACAACAGUCUUCAAGGCCCAGGAGCCGCUGGCGGCAGUGCGCGUCUAUGUGCAGAUGAACGGCAACACGCCCGAGGGUCAGGACUUCACGCUGCUGUCACCUUACCCCCGUCACGUCUACACUGAACUGGAUAUGGAGAAGCCCCUCAAAGAGCUGGGUUUGGUGCCUUCAGCUGUGCUGGUUGUUGCCAAAAAGUAAGAACAGGAGGAUCUGCUCUGUGAGCCUACCUCACCACUUCCACUACAUCGACACCAGAGAUACCAGAACAUGGACUGAUCCACAAACAGAGCUGCAGUCUUUUUCAUUUCACCCAACAAGCCAGAUAACUUAAUACAAGCACAGAUGUGUAAUUCCUCUCGAAAUGAUGAUAUGGAGGAAAUUGGUUCGACUAUCAAAAAGAAAAAGGCUUGAUUGAAUCCAUCCUGUUCUGCGCUGGUUUCACCGGCUGUGGGUUGGUGUGUGCAGUGAGCCUGAUAGUGAAGAUAGCUGGUUUCUGACAGAUACUGCUUCAAGGAGCACCACUCAUAGUUUCAACACAUUAAAGACAAAAAUAGAGAACAAACUUGUUGAGUUUUAACCCGAUCCAUAAAAACACCUGAUUCGGAAAGGACCUUAAGUUUAAUCCCCACAAUCUUCCUGAUUUUGUGACAGUUUGCCUUUUCUUUUUUUAUAUAAGUUUAAAUAUAUCAACAGCUAUGUCUACCUGGUCACCAAAAAUCUACUUAAAAUAAAGCUGACUUGGAAAGUUU